UGGGUUGUAAAAAGCAAGAGAUAAUUUUAUCUCUCUCUUAUUAACCAAACCUCUCCCUGUCUCGAUCUGCUUCUUCUCACGCUCUCACCCACACCGCUGGCCAUGCUUCCCCUCCAUCAAUCUCUCUCUUGUUAACCAAUAACCACCCUCACACACGGCCCUCACCCACCGGCACCGCUUCUAUCACUCUCUCAUCCUCUCACGGUUCGGUAAUCUCGGCAGUGAGCGGUUCACACAGUACGGUUUAUCAUCAUUUUGGAGUGUAUCGAUCCGCUGUUCAAAUUGGAUUUUGUUGGACAUCACUAGUAUUAUAUAGUGGGAAAAAAAAACUAGGAAGCACGUAGUUAAACGAGUAACAGGUCAUUCAAGUCCUUGAAACGUCAAAAUUCCUACAGAAUUAAACGAGUCUUAAAUUAAAGGGAGACACAUCUCCAAAAACCACUCUAGGGUUUCAUCAUCAAUAGAAACUCAGGUAAAUCAGACGGCUGUGAAACAGUGGACUCAGUUCCCUCAGUUGCAACCAAGGGGUUGGAUAAUUACCCUUAUGUUUUGCGAACAAUAAUAAGGCAACAAGCAAAUAGGGUUUCUUUUUGGGUAGAGAAGAAACCAUAGUUUGGCUAGAUUUUCAACUGUUUUAGGCGAAAGUGAAGUGCUAUGGCAACAUCUGGGUUGUUUGUUUGGCUCAAUAAGAAAAUUGUUGAUCCUCUCAUCCAAAUACUUCGCAGGGGUGCAGAACCCAAGCUGUUGGCCUUCUCUGCGGCGGUGGGCAUUACUUUGGGUCUAUUCCCAAUAUGCGGUGUCACUGUGUUUCUAUGUGGACUGGCUAUUGCAUUGCUUGGGUCGCAAUGCCAUGCUGCGACUGUGAUGCUAGCUAAUUUUGUUGCCACUCCAAUAGAAUUAAGCCUGGUGGUACCCUUCUUACGCUUUGGUGAAGUUAUCUCUGGUGGCUCUCAUUUUCCUUUGACAUCUGAUGCUUUGAAGAAAGUCUUAACUGGAAAAGCAUCACAUGACGUCUUGCUAAGUAUUGCUCAUGCGUUGCUUGGAUGGCUUAUUGCGGCACCUUUUAUCAUGGGGAUGUUGUACCUAAUAUUUUUACCAUGUUUCAAGAUUUUGGUUCACAAGUUCAGCGUCGUUCCUUUAAGUCCGAAGAAGCCUCUCCUUUCUCAGUCUGAAGUGGUGCUCAAGGAAAUAUGAUGUGGUAGAAAUACUGAUGACAUGGACCGUCAGAAGGGUUGUUCGCCGAAUUGUUGUUCGUAGGAAAACAUAAGUGGAUUUGGUUGUGUAUUUGGCUUCUGUUUGGAUGUUUGGUCCUGUUCCUCUAUGUUGUUGAUAACCUUGUUAUAAUUUCAUUUCCCAGUUUAGCUAAGAAUAUUCAUAGGCUUAGUUAUAUGUAAUAUCAUAUUUUCAGGGAAUUAACUAUGGAUAGCCAUGCCUCAUGUAAUCCUAAUCCUCACUAUAAAUGAGAGAAGUAUGUAUCUUUAUAUUUUUCA